AUGCUGUUGAUAUGUUCUUUACUCGCAAUUACGGUCGUUGUCAUGUACUUGAAACAUGUAAAAGAAUAUUUGGAAAAGAGUUCGGAACUAGAAAAGCAGAUACAACAACUGGCAUUGAAUCAUUCCGGUUUGGAAAGACAAUUGUAUUUGUCUAAUCGAUUAGGUAGCAGUGACCAUGGGAAUCUCUCUAAAGGCGAAAAAGAUUCGCGAGGCGAAAGGGAUCCUGGUGGUCAUAAGGACAUUGCUGGUGUUAGGGGAAGACAAGGCGAAAAGAUUAAUAACGGUGAAUACGGGUUAAAAGGUGAAACUGGAGACAAAGGUUCAGCUGGUAAGGGACAACUCGGAGAUAUAGGUCUAAUAGGGGGAAAUAGACAAAAUGGUACGAAAGGAUCAAAUGAAGAAAAGGGUCCAAGUGGAAGAAAAGGCGAAGUCGGAGAGAAAGGCGCAGUUGGUGCGAAUGGUUCACAAGGAAAGAAGGGUGUCGAUGGUGAAAAUGGCAUAACUGGUAUGGUUGGACCUACCGGGAGAAGAGGUUUGACUGGAGAAAAUGGAUCAACUGGCGAUAAAGGGCUGAAAUGA